AUGGAGAAAUAUUGCGCGCCGCUAAACUGGACCGUGGACUGGGGUCAACAACAAGGGCUGCCCCGAUGUCUUCAUUCGCUAAUUUUUGCAAAUGUUUUGAUCAUUUGCGCUUUCUAUCUUCAAGUAAAAUUAUGCUGCUGCAAGUCCAGGUACAAUUGCAUUGUCGACAAAAACUCACAGCGGAUGCAAAUAACGACCGUUCUCGCUGCUUUGAUCGCCUUCUUCGAGCUUGUCAAAGUAUGCGCUUUGCUGAUCAAAGUCUACGAAGCUUUCACUCCUUGGAUUUUUCUUCCACACUUUGCAGUGAUAAAAGGAUUCGUCAGCGUUGUCUUCAUCAAUUUGAAAACGCGCAAGUUUGUCCACAACGAUGUCGUUAUCUUCGUAGUUCUGAACUGGCUGUAUGGAAUUUCUGCGCUUUUGGGAUUGAACAAUGAAGAGUGGUUUUUUCAAAAAGAUGGGGAAUUCUCGUGGCCGGCGGAUCAGAUGGAAUUCACACUUUGGGUGGUGGAGAUUGUUCUCUCGAGUUUGAUGCUAAUUGCUACUAUUGGGCCUAACUUGGAGAUCAAGAUUCUACCUUCAGAAGACGGCCGGCUGUAUGUGCCUUUAGAAUCUGAGUCGCGAUUCCGUCAAUUUUUCUAUCGCUUGCGUUACAUGUGGGCAUUUACUUGGCCAAAGAGCAUUUUCGGGAGAUCGUCACUUCUUGUUUGCUUCUCAAUCAUGAUUGGUACCCGAAUAACUCUUGUUUUCCUUCCAAUCUUCACGAAGAAAGUGAUCGACCAGCUAUCUGUUACGACGCAGACGGAGGAAACUUUUCAAGAAAUCGCGGUCAAUGUCGGUAUUAUCAUCGUUCUCAAAGUGCUUACUGGGAACAAUGGUCUUUUUGGACAGCUAAAGGACAUUCUUUAUGUUCACGUGGAGCAAGAAUCGGAGAGGAAUAUACAGAUAACGCUUUUCGAGCAUUUGCAUAAUCUUCCCUACGAAUGGCAUAUCAAGCGCAAAACUGGCGACAUUCUUAAAAACGUCGAGCGUGGAUCAGCAGCCGUGAUGAAUCUCCUCGACUGGAUCUUUUUCAAGAUUGGACCGACUUUGCUCGACGUUCUCAUUGCGAUCAUCUUCUUUGGCGUCGCUUUCGACUGGCGAUUCUCGAUCAUUGUUCUUGUAACGGCAGCGUUGUACAUUGUUUCAACAAUUGGAAUUACAGAGAGGAGGACUAAAUACAGGAGAAAGAUGAUCGCAAUGUCCAAUUCGCAGAAUUCAAGAGCCAUCGACUCGUUGCUCAACUUCGAGCAGGUAAAGCUCAACUGCAACGAAAAGCACGAGACAAAACUGUAUGAAGACAAAAUCAAAAACUACCAGAAAGAAGAGCGCAAAGUCACCUACAGUCUCACAGUUCUCAAUACAGUACAGAAUGUUCUGAACAAUAUUGGCUUCGCGAUCGGCUCCCUCAUCGCCGUCCAGUCAGUUCUUGAUGGAAAAUACACAGUCGGAGAUUACGUUCUUUUCGGCACUUAUAUGGCCCAGCUUUAUACGCCGCUGAAUUUUCUUGGAACUUAUUACAGAAUUAUACAAGCAGCGAUCACGGAUACCGAGAAGCUCAUGGAUCUAUUAGCUGAGCGACCAGAGCCAAAAGAUCCAGAAGAGCCAAUUAAGCUGAAACAAGCGCCGCUAGAACUAUCUCUCGAAAAUGUUUCAUUCCGGUACGGCGAAGACGAGCGCGAAAUCCUCUCUUCCAUCAGCCUCACUGUUCCGCCUGGCGAAACAUGGGCGAUUGUGGGCACAACUGGUGGUGGUAAAUCGACCAUUGCUAGGAUUCUCCUUGGUCUGGUUGAACCAACAGAUGGCGCUGUCAAAGUCGGCGGGUGGAGAAUCAGCCAAUUGGGGCGAAAACAAGUGCGCAAAUUCAUUGGCACUGUUUCGCAAGACAUAACACUAUUCAACGAUACUAUUGAGGAAAAUAUCAAGUAUUCGAAAUUGACUGCGAAUGAAGAAGAGAUUCAAAAAGCCGUGGAAGUUGCUAAUCUCACUCCUUCAAAAUGGAAGAACGGGCUGCAGAGCGAAGUUGGCGAGCGAGGCCUGGCUCUGUCAGGAGGCGAGAAACAAAGAGUAGCGAUCGCGCGACUCCUUCUCAAAGCACCGAAAGCUGUCAUUUUGGACGAAGCAACUUCGGCGCUUGAUACAGUGACGGAAAAACAAAUUCACAAGGAGUUAUUGAAGGCUGUGGAAGGAGUGACCUGCCUGAUGAUUGCUCAUAGAUUGUCGACCAUCAUUCACUCGCAUAAAAUUUUGGUCAUCGACGAAGGAAAAAUUCAAGAAGAAGGUACGCAUUCUGAGCUCAUUGCUUUGGGCGGGACUUAUUCCUCUCUCUGGCAACAGCAAUCGGAGUACUCGGCUGACGACAGUACUGCCCCUGAGAAGUAA